CGACGCAAAUGAAUGGUAACACAGAUAUCAACGGUUCUAAUGACAAACAAAACGGACGGGAUGUCAUUAAUGGAGAAUUAUCUGCCAAUGAGAGCGACACCGAUAGUCUCAUGAGUCCUAACGAAAGUCCUUUGCAUAGGAUUAAUAUCCAGAACAGUAUGAAUGCGUUGCAGUUGUCUAACGGUGGGGUUACUGUGAACGGUACGUCCGGCCCCCGGACACAGUCCACGAGUUUUGGUUUACACAGUCCUGAUGUCUACCCGAACCUGAGUCGCGCGGAACAGGACCUCAUGGAUAGUCUCCAGCAAUUGAAAUCUGAGGCCGAAUUCAAACUCAAGUUCUCAAACGAUAUAUGUUUGGACUCCGAGAUGAUUGACUUGACGGCACUCCCACCUCCAGACACGCCCGACGGCCUGGAGGUCGAGUUCAUGGGUUCUGGAAUAGGGUUUCCCACCACUGAUGACCCGCCGACGCCUUAUAAGGAGGACAUAGACUUUACUGACUUUGCGACCGACGACUCGGCCCGAGUUGUGGCCGAAUUGGACGACUUGUGCGACACUUUGUCCGAAAUGCAGUCCACGGCCAGCGAUCGCAACUCAAACACGAGCCAACACUUGCAAUACAUGCCGCAAGACAUCGAUGACUUCAUUGAGUCAAUGACUGUGAGACCACCGCCGAUGGUUAACGACCAUAUGUCCAACGAUGAGCAGUACUUGUCUUCGUUUAUCAUACCUCCCCCUCCGAGUGCGAGUCCAUCGAUGACCAGAGCACAGGACGAUGUGAUCGCAAAGUUCUGGAGAGUGACCGACGACAUCAGGAAAAUGUGUUCAAACGACAUAAGUCCGAGACUUUUCAAGCGGGAGGUUCACAGCAGUAGUUCCGGUGAAUCGGGUUACGACUCUGCCUUCACUUCGGCCUCAUUUCCCUCGUCGACCACCGAUUGGCCCGUAUUUGCAGAGAAUGGCUCACCGAAGCUCUCCCUCCCGACUGUGAUUGAAGUGAACUCGACGUCCGAAAGUGAGAACUCUUUCGUUCAAAAGCAAACAAAUUGCAAAAAACUGGACAAAACUUCGAGUGCGAGCAACAGCUGCGAAGAUCUGCAAAGAAUUAGUCAUCACAUGAAUGGUGUGAACCACGCGUCGGGCAAAGAGUCGCCACAUUUUUCCCGUUCCCACUCCUGGAGUACUUUACCGGUGAACGGGCCGCCGACGCCUCCCUCUCCGCCCACUAAAUGUACAAAACCUCCGAUACCUCCCUGUUCUCCAUCCAUACAAGAGAAGCGAAGACAAAUGGCUAUGAAAUCCAAUACCAGUCCUAAACACCACAGAAGUGCGAAACAUAGUCACCAUAACGGCUAUCAUUCUAUUGUGGAGAAUAUAAUACCGGAGCCAAUGAUGAAUGGUAUGAAUGGUUGUACGGCAUCGGAGGCCGUCCGCCAACAGACGGACGAGAUAUUCAUUCAAUCGCAGCGAGACAUCGAUGUACUGCUGGCCCGUCUGGAAGAGGUUCACGACAAGAGACUCACAUCUAGUCAGGUGUUUGAGUGCACUGAAGAGGACUUCGUGGCGGCCAAGGAGGCACUGGUGACUGAAUCGAGACAUUUCGUGACCGCUUCCAAGUUGUUCGUCAAGUGCGCCACCGAAGCCUCGCCCCAACUCUUGGAGUAUCUGUUGGAUUGCGUGACACUUCUGGAGCGCAUGUAUAGCGUGGGAGAGAUAGUCCUAUUGAAUAUGGAAAGUCAGGCACUGAUCACGUGUCUCGUGGACCGGCUUAAAGAAGUUGCGGCCACUUAUGCCUAUACCGUCGACACUGUCCACAAACUGCAUGAUAACGUGUGUUCGCCAUCGACCAGCCCCUACAUGGGCUUACUUAUGAACCACGCGACCAGUUUAGCCACUUCUUUGAGUGCACUCAUGAGGACGUUAAGGGCUAUGAAUAUAUAAGAAGUGUUUAUGGGAUAGUAAUCAGUAGUUAAUGGUUGUGUCCAACAGUUGACUAACCGUUUAGUGUUAUAAUUGAUUAUUUUGUGCCACAAAUACAGAUAAAGAUUUAUCUUUAAUAAUAGGGACUAAACGCUCGAAACGAUUCAAAUUAAAUGCAAUAAAAUAUAUCCUCUUUUCUAAUAUUAAUUUAUUAUGCAUUUUAUGUAUAGAAUUAUAAAUAUUCCUCUUUUUA